CGUAGAUCCACCGUAGCGUGAAGAUCACAACGAGUGAAAUGCGAUAAAAUCGCAAAAGAAGAAACUACUCUCAAUUGACAAUGGCGCAAAGCCAGCAUCUGGAGGUCAACCCCGACCUAAACGAGGACAAGGGCUUCGUGUGGCGAGCCGUGCCCAAGAUGCCCCGCAGCUACAAGCACCUCCACCGGGUCAACGGGAAGUGCAGCUACCUGUCGGUUCGUUACUACCGGGAGGCGCGGGACCGCUGUUACGACGAGUCCGGGGUAGUUAACAACCGCAUCCUCGACCCAACGAGCGCGACGAAGGUCCUCUCGCUGGUGAACGCCAGUUUGGCCUUCGCGCAUCCCAACUCGGCCCACCUGCCCGAGGUGUACGAGCUCCAGGCGCUCGUGCAAACCCGGUGGAGGAACCUCCCCGCCGGGCCGGUCCUCGCGCCACCACCCAAGAUCAUAUACAGCGGGGUGCGGGACACCCUCGACAUCGUGGCCGCCCGGGUAGUGGCCAGGCGCCACGUCGCACCCAUGGAGGGGCUGGCCAUUGAGGACGCCGUGGUAGCCACGGUCAACCCUAACAAGAUUUACCUGCUCUGCGCCCACUGCCUCGGCCUGUGUCUGAGCGCCGUGGCCUGCGCCAGGUGCAGCCGGGUGGUUUACUGCUCGGAGCGGUGCCGGGAGUACGCCCGGGUCAAGUACCACAACCGCGAGUGCAAGCUCGUGGGCUACUUGUGGGAGGACGACGACGACAGGCUGGGCUGUUUGGCGCUCGCGCGGCUGCUCCUCGUCGCCGUGGACGACGUGGGCAGCCUCGAGAACUUGGUCGCUGCCGUGUACGGACCUACGGAUCUGUCCGGUCUGGAUGACGUGCACGUAAACCUACAUCCGGCGAUCGUGUACCAGCAGAGGCGCGUGGACCUGUCCGAGGAGUUGGAGGAAAACACGGGAGACGAGGUUUUUGGGAGCGCGAGAGAGAGAAGGGUGUUCUCGAUCAUUUGCGAGAUCGUGUUCGUCCUGGCCACGAGGACCACGUUUUUCGGUCGGCGCUUGUCCGGUUUCAGAGACAAAGGCAUCCACCAACUUCUCUGUGCUCACGAGGGGACCGUCCUCGCCGUGAUUCUACUCUGGCGGAGCUACUUCAUGUUCCCGCGAAGUUACCACUCGUUCGUGGCUCUUUGUCCCGUUUGCAACAAAACCAGCUACGCAGGGAUCGGCGUGUACCCGUUCAGUGGAUACUUUGAGUACAGCUGCAACCCAAACGCGAGCUACUUCAUUUCCAAAGACAAUCAGUUGAUUGUUUACGCCACCCAAAAGAUAUACGGUGGCUAUAAGGUAAAGCUACCUUACGUCGAUCGCAACGUCAUUAAUCGCGGACCGAACAACAACCCUGGAUUUUUCAAACGCCACUGCAGCACCGACUGCAAAUGCUCAAACUACUUGUACGCCGUUUAAUUCCUUUCGUUUUUCAUCUCUCAGAUUUUAAACACAUUUCAAAGCUCAAUUUCAUGUUAUCGUCCGACCUCCAAGUACUUAUUUUUCGGAGGGUUCUUUUUUUUUUUAUUCAGCGUCAUUAGGAAUCGUUUUAGUUCUAAAUGUUGUUUUUUAAAUUCUCACACCCUCUUUUAAAAUGCCUUCGAUAAAUUGUAACGCACUAACUUUUUCUUUGCAUGUAAUUUUUAUAACGCGUAGGUUUUUUUUUUUUUUUUUUUUUUUACCAGCAAAAAACUUUUCUCGGCACUAUGUAUAAAAUGUUUAACAGUUCAGGACAAACGCUAGAUUAUUUUCAUGCAGUAAAUUAAAAAAACAAGUCUUGAUUGUUGAAACCGUCCUCUUGAAAUUUCAAAUGUAGUCGUUUCAACAAACUAUGUAAUAUUUAACCACCGUUUAUCGUCUGCUUUGUCGGUAAAUAGUUACAUAUAGUUGUAUGUACUAUAUAUAUUUGUGUGAAUCACUUGUUGAUAACGUGGGUGUGUUUGUGAUAAACACAAUUUCACUUUUCUGGCCAACAAGUAAAGGUUAUACGUAUUCGUGGCACUGGACGAUACCUUUGUAGAUCGAAGACAACAUUUAUUUACCUGCGACUAUAAGUGUAAGUAUUGCAGCAGUUUUCAAGUGGAUCAUAAAAAAAGUAAGCUUAGCAGUGUAAUAAUAUAACUACUUGGAGGGUUAAAGGUAUUCAACAAAACGUAUAUUUUUGUUUUUUAGAUGAUCAUCUUUCAAAAGAAUUUGAGCUUUUUUACAUUUUCUUAUUUUCCUUUUUUACUUUGACAUAAUCAUUUUCAUGAUUGAACGUAAAUGUAUACAUUCAUAACACUUGUAUUGUUUGUCAUUAUUUAUCAAACUGUGUAUUAUUUAUGAUUUUGGAUUAAAAAUAUUUUAAUAAUAAU